GGAGGGAAUAUUGAUAAAUCUUAGGGUCAAGACUAAGAUAACUUCAGUAUAUAAAUCUAUAACAUUAAAAUCUGUACUCAAACGAGAAAGUAUCAGCUGUUGGUUUUUUCUCUCUGUGAUUGCUGAAAGAUUUCUUCAGCUAUUUUUUUAGAAUAGGGCAAACGAUGAAGAAGCUCAUCUUCUUCUGUUCAGUAUUGGCCCUUGGCACGGCCAAACCAAACGGCUACUUCCACCAAGAGUACAGCUACAAAAGUUCCUCGUCCUCUUACAAAAACAACGAACUGCAACACAAAAAAGACGACCAAGGCUUCUACUCGAAAGAUGGCGACCUCGAGGGCAGGGUCAAACCGAAGGUCAACUCCCAAAGCCAACACACGGAAUAUACAAAUCCGAAACUAUUGGGCGCAUCUGGCGGUUAUCAAACGGCCGCAGGUUUGUCCAACGGAGCCAAUUACAUGGCAGGUUCCGACAGGUUGUACGCUGGGGUGGGCGGGUUACAGAGCGCAGGCGCGGUAGACGGUUACGCCUCCUCAGACAGGGUACUGGACCUUGCCAACGUGUACAACACGAGGGGAUAUGGCUCGAAUCAAGGCUUGGGAACCCUGCAGGCUGGUAGAUACGUAGGAACUGGCAGUAAUUAUGGGUAUACCCAGGGUGGAAGCAGUUACGGUUACAUGCAGCAUGGGAGCUCUCAAUCCUCAUCAGCAGGUUCCUACGUGAGCAACGCCAACCUAAACGCCCUGAUGCAACGGCUCCAAGACGACAUGACCAGGCAGCUGCAGCAGGCCAUCUACAGUCAACAUCAAUCGUCCGGUUACAGCACGUCCAGCAACCAAAUGAACGCUGAUAUAAGGCUUCUCGAGGAAGAACUGAAGAGGAACCUCACGAGACAACUGCAGGACAGUCUGAGGACCCAAUACGGCACCAACACGUACUCCAUAGUCGAAGGAAGACCAUCUACGGCCCCCGACUACUCGAAUCAAGAACUAGCAGCUUUAACGCGUCGUUUAGAAGACGAUCUCAUCAGUAAAUUACACCAGAGCGUCCGCACCACUUACAACAGUCAAACGUCGAACACUUACACGUCGAGCAACACUUACAGACCCGUUGUGGUGUACCCUGCGACAACUCUGAGACCUUACUACGACAGACCGGUGAUAACAACACCGAACACCAUCAGAUACACCAUGAUCCCGAGCAGAGAAACCAUCAGCUACCCAGGAAAACUAACCGUUGAAACCCCGACCAACAUCAGAUACACGCCAGUGCCGAACCCAGAAUCCUUGACGCAGAUAGCCUCGAGAACGCAAUCUGAAGUCAAUUCCUACCUGGACACAGCCCUACAGAACCUCUACUCUACGUACUUGCAAGCGGACAGAACGUCAUACUACACGAUGACAGAUUUCGAAAACGAAGUGAACAGGAUCAAGAGCGAUAUCCUCAGGAACCUAACCUACAAUCUGGACGACCAGAUCAGGAGGAAUUACGGACAUCAGGUACUGAAGAACGAUUACUAUUACAGCGUUUCCACCAAUGGGGAUCUCAGCACUCAAUCCAACUACAAUUUGGGAGACUACGAGAGCCUGAAGAAGCAGGUAGAGGACAAUUUGCUGCGUAAACUGAAACAAACGGUGGACGCUUACAGGGAACAGUAUCAACGCUACCUGUCGCAGUAUAGAGAGAGUUCAUCGAACACCUACUCCGUCACUUACAGACCAGUUUAUUACACUUCCGGCAAUCAGAUGUACGAUUACUCCGAUCUGCAGAGGCAAAUGUCUCAACAGCUCCAGAACGCGUUGAACAAACACAGAUACAGCCAAUCCUCCUCUUACUCCGCGUCCGCCUCCUACAACCCUCAAGCCUACCAGACGUCUUUGGACGAGUUGUCCAGGGAAUUACAGAGGAAUCUCACGGAACAACUCAGCAACUUCAGGGCUUCUUCCAGUUCGAGCAGUAGCUACGGUUACUCAUCUGGAAGCGGCGGUAACGCUGACUUUGAAUCGAUGAAGAACCAACUUCAAAACCAGCUGAUGCAGCAGCUUCGUCAAGGUUUGCAGAACCAGCACCACUACAGCGCGAGCGCGUCCUACAGCGCGUCCAGUUCCUCCUCUGCCAACGCCAACUACGGCAUGCGUCAGGCUUAUGGCAGUUACCCCACUACUUGCCUGCAUGGCUGCAGUAAAAGGAGGAGGAGAGACCUCUACCAAAACUCCUACAGUACCGUAAACAAAAGACAUGGUGUCAAAAGCGUGAGGAGGUUCUAUUCUACCCCAACAGGAAGCAAUGCAGACCUUUCGUCUUCACCAAGAUACCUUUAUCAUCCAGAAGAAUUGAGUUACUCCCAUGGAAUGAACUCACCUUCUUACAACAACCAUUUGAAACGCCACCAAGAACUAGAUCCUGAUAUAGUCGAAGAUCUAGGAAUAACAAACCAUCAAACCGCACCAAAAAGAGAUGAUCAACAACUAGAACAAAAACCCUACAAGUACACAAUAAACUACGACAAACAAAACGAAUUAACGCAACAGUUGGAAGAAACCCAACCUCUACCGAAAAUCAACGACGAUUUGAGCCAACAAUUGGAGGUCGGACACCGAACCACUCAGAAGAUAUACAGAUUCUCUGGAAAGUUGGAAGAUCAGAACGAAUCGACUCAACAGUUGGAAAUUUCAGCGCCUGGCAGUCGUAGCCACCACAAACUUCGCCAAUACGAACAAGAGCUGGAGGGACAGUUAAGUUUGAAUUCACCGUCAUUCGGUCAACGUCUAGAAGGCCAAAAUACGAUAGGACACGUCCAAAAACCUGAACACUUCGGUCGGAAGCUUGAAAGACAAUCGAACUCCGACCAAGAAAUCUUAGGACAACAAUUAGAAGAUCAGAACUUGAUCGGAAAUUUACAUAAGCCGAAGAAUAAUGAUCAAGAACUUGAGGGCCAGUUAAACAUCGACCAGCAAACUUUAGGACAAGAGUUGGAAGACCAGAAUUUGAUGGGAAAUUUGCAUGGACCUAAACAUGAUGACCAAGAGCUUCAAGGUCAGGAUCAACAGAUGCUGGGACAACAUCUAGAAGAUCAAAACACCUAUCGCAAACAAAGCCUAGGGGAGCAAGAGAUCGAGGGACAAUUGAGUCUAGGACAAGAAGACCAAGCUACAAUCAAACCAAGGCAACACAAUCAAGAGCUAGUAGGACAAUUGCAUUUGGAGCAACAAUCACUAGGACAACAGUUGGAAGAUCAAAAUCAAAUGAUAAAUUUACACAAACCCAAACGUAAGCACAACUUCCAAGAACAACAAACUGGUGAUGAUCAAAAUCAGCUGGAACUAACUCAAAAGUUAGAACCGGAUGAUUUGCCUGGACCUAAAAUGGUUCUAGGACAACAGCUGGAAGAACAAAAUCAAAUGAUAAAUUUGCACAAACCCAAACGUAAGCCCAACUUCCAAGAACAACAAACUGGUGAUGAUCAAAAUCAGCUGGAACUAACCCAAAAGUUAGAACUGGAUGAUUUGCCUGAACCUAAAAUGGAUCUAGGACAACAGCUUGAAGAACAAAAUCAAUUGAUAAAUUUGCACAAACCCAAACGUAAGCACAACUUCCAAGAACAACAAACCGGUGAUGAUCAAAAUCAGCUGGAACUGACCCAAAAGUUAGAACCGGAUGAUUUGCCUGAACCUAAGAUGGUUCUAGGACAGCAGCUGCAAGAAAUACCUACGCAGGAACUUGAACUGGGCAGUGUUCCUAAAAAACGAACAAAUUCAGAUGAAAAAUUGGAAGGAUCUGACCAACUGAUGCAACAGCUCGAGACUAUAGGCUCUGGAAAACCAAAUUAUGGGGGCUAUGCCCAGCAACAAUCUGAUAUCGAUUUGCAGUCCCCAGAUCAGCAACUCACUGAUUUAUCCCAACAGCUGGAGUUAACGAAACCACUUUACAGCAAACCAUCGCCUGCUGUAGCUCAGUUGGAAUUGAAACCAGUCCAGAAACAAAUAGAAAAUGACGAUGAUCUACAACAAUUGGAAUUAGAGGAAAAGCCUAAACAUACACAACCAUCGCAGCAACUCGAUAACGACCUCACUCAACAACUAGAAAUAGAAGGUUCCAUCAAUGGAAAAACCAACUCAGAUCAGCAACUGCAGAACCAGGAGGACUUAGAUCAAAGUUUGGAACUUAUCGGAGGUCCAGCACCAAAACCAGGAAGGCAAGAACAAAGGCAGGUUGAUUCCCCACUUUUCCUUCAAUCUAUCCCAAAAAAUACCGACCAAGUGCAAAGACAAGCAGAUGACUUGACCCAACAAUUGGAAGAGUUGGGGAAACCACAGCAACAAACUCCAGAAACUGACUUUACGCAACAACUCAUUCUAACAAACUCUCAGAAACCAAACUUGAAUCAAGUGCAACAACAAAUAGAAGAUUCAACUGGGGACCUUCCAGCCCAAAAAUUAGAAGCAACAGUUAGGAAUCCUACACAUGGUCCAGAACAACAGCAAGAAGAUCUCCUAACUGAUCAAAGAUUAGAAGAACCUGAGCAAAAGUUGGAAUUGAACGGUUUGAGCCAGACAAACAUCAAACCACAACAAACCAUUGUGAACCAAGAAGUGGAUGAUGGGCUAAGCCAACAGUUGGAGCUUGGUGAUGUACAGAAACCUCAAAAGGGGAACUUUGCCAGUGGACAACAGCAAGAGACCGAUUUUACUCCAUUAGAGUUCGUCGGAGGAAGAAAACGAAAACCAAACCAUCAAUAUCACCCCACCUUAGAAUCUGAGUUAUCUCUUACCCCUGAAAAGAGGCACUCUGAGAAUGAUCUUGUGAACCAACCUGAAAGAAGUUUCAGGCACCAUUCUCAACAUUCAAGCAUUGAAUUGAACGCUGUGGGUCAAAGUAAGCAUUACCCUUCCCAAACAUUUGGAAAUUAUGAUCUUCCAGGCUCUUACAGACAAGAAUCCGAGCAAAGAGCCUUCACUAAUGGUCAUUCUGGACAUUUUACCGGUAACACCUUCCCUUCUUUGGGUUCUCAAGUUAGAGUAGACUCCUAUGAAAAUGCGCUGAAGCAGCAAGAUGCUUUGAUGGAUUUGUUGAAGGAAAAAGUUGAUUCUCUAGGUAUUUAUGGAAAGCGUACAAUAAAGAAGACUGUCUUCAUUAAUGGUAAACCUGUGGAAACGCAGGAAAGCUCUCAACUAAUUAAGCCAAAUGGUGAAGUUAUCCCUCUAGGAGCUACCUCCCUACCUUCUAAAAGCAUAUAUAGCCCCUUUGGUAGUGCUCCCAUUUCUCAAUCGUCCAAUUAUUUCGGAGAAAACUUGAGACCAACAUAUCACUUAACAAGUCCUACAUUUUCAGGAAAAACCCAGUUAUUCACUCAGGGCAGGACGUUUGAACAAAACCCCUCAUCACUUUUUGAAACGGAUCUCUUGAAUGGGGGACUCCGAAGAGAAUCUGAAUUCUCUGGUAAAACCACCAGACGAGUUGUUCACUAUGUGAAUGGAAAGCCUGUUAGUGCGUCUGAAAAAAUUCAGAUAACGAAGCCUAACGGUGAAGUAAUUGAGAAAAAUCAUGAGUUGCCAACAGAUCAACUGAAUUCUUUAACACGUGGGUUCCCCAAUAGUCAAUUUGAACAUGGUAUCCAUACCCUUAAUGUACCCCAGAUUCAAAUAAGCAGUCAGAUUGCUGGUGAUUCAAAACAAACAAUACAAAGGACACAUUACGUCAGCAGUAAAUUAGUGGGCUCAAGUAGCCAAGGUGUGAGUCAAAAUGAACAAAGAUCAGUUAUCGAAGAUAGUUUACCAAGAAAUGAAAAUAAUUACUCCUUCGGAACCAAAACAUCCAGACAUUUUGGAAGUGGCAGUUAUUGAAUAGCUCAUUUAGUAAUAAGAUAUAUGAUUUAAGUUGCAAUCAAAAAAUAAUUUAUUACAUUGAAUCACAAUAUUUGUGUUCUGUAUUAUAUUUCAUGACUGUAUUUAUAAUUUAUUCAAAUAAAGUUUCAAGAAUGAA